AUGGCGCUCAUCGAUGAGCUCCUACACGGAACUGGAAUAAAAACAUGUCUUCCCAUCAUCUUCCCCGUCUCUCUCAUAGUAUGCCACCUAUCCUGGAUCAUAUACACGCGCACCAUCCACCCGAUCGCAAAAGUGCCCGGAGAUUUCUGGCCGUCUGUCUCGCAAAAAUGGCACAUGUACCGCAUCUACCGGGGCGGACUGACAGACCGCAUGCGUGAUAUGCACGAAAGAUACGGGCCGCUCGUUCGCAUCGCACCCAAUGAAGUCUUAUCUGCGGAUCCUGAGGCAAUUGCGAAGAUUCAUCCUACCCAACACAAAAACGAGCAUUCGGAGUACAGGAAUAUCGUGGGUGGUGUGUAUACAAUGACAUCGGUAUUGAAGAACGAGUAUAUGCUGGACGAGGUUCUGAACCUGUUUGUGAGACGCUUGGACAAGUUUACAGAUGCUAAGAAGCCGUUUGAUUUUGGAAGUGCGCUAUAUUCAUGGGCGGGGCAGUUUGGUUUCCUCGAGUCUGGGAGUGACUACGGAAACUUCAUGCAAGCGUCGCACCUCGCAUUUCCAUUCUCGGCCAUUAUCUCUGUGGCUCCGCGAUACCUUUGGCCCUUUUUGCUCAUUUGA